UAUGUCAAUUGAAUAACCUAACCUCGACCUUACAGACAAAAAUUGGCUGUGAAGUAAAUGUCAAACUGAAGGAACAUUAUUUUAUUAUGAUUUAUUUACAAGUUAUCAAGAAUAUUUAGCACAUUAGAAGUUCCUUUAAAAGAAACUGGUUUAUUAAAAAUAAUACUUCCAACAUGAAAGUUAAUAAAUUUUCUAUUUGGUUGUCGUGGUACGUUUUAUUGAAACUUUGCGCACCCAUUAAUGGUGAAAUUCUAAACUCUGAGCUCAAAAAUAGCAAUAAUUUUAAAAGCACACUUCAGAAUUCAAAUACUGUAUCAUCGAAGAAUGAGAUUUUGUAUGAAACCUGCUCAUCUGAAGAUUUCAGUUGCUUGUCAACGGCAGCAAACGAUAAAGCGGGAUUGGAGGCUAUUAUUUCAUUACAUAAAAAGUUAGACGAUGAUGAAAAUGGUAAUGUUGACUUGUCAGAAUCAGACGAUUUCUUGCGAGAGGAGCUCAAGUAUGAUUCUGGAUACGAAAAGCGACAAAAAGCUUUUCACAGAAAUGACAAUCAUAUAUCAGCUAAAGAACUGUGGGAUGCUUGGCUGAAAUCGGAAGUUCACAAUUGGACUGUUGAGCAAACUACAGAAUGGUUAACUGCAUCUGUCGGUUUGCCCCAGUAUAUUCCAAAUUUCAUUCAGAAUAAAGUAACUGGCAUUCAUCUCCCAAGGAUGGCAGUUAAUAAUAAUUAUUUGAGCACUAUAGGAAUUAAAGACCCAAUUCAUAAGCAAAAAAUUUCCUUGAAAGCUAUGGAUGUCGUAUUGUUUGGCCCACCUAAAGAUGGUCAAUAUUGGAAAGAUGUCAUCCUCAUAGCCUUAGUAAUAAGUCUUGGUAUUGGUUUUUGGUAUGGUGUACAACAGAAUAAAAAGUUCAAAGAACAUUUGAAUAGAAUGAACAAGGAUAUGGACAGUUUGCAGAAUGCUGAAAAGGCUUUACAAAGUCUUCAACAGGAGUUGGUUGAGAAAGAGAAUAGGGAAAAGCAAAAUUUGGAGAAAAAAGUAGACGAUCCUGUGACUCCUAGCAAUUCAUGCUCAGAUCUGGAGAUUUCACAACUCAAGGCAGAAAUAGCUAUGUUGAGGACGGAGCUCCAGAUUGCUGAAGGGGAGCUCAAAGACAGAUGUUGGGCCCCACCUUUAGCUCUUCAACAUUGGCUCCAAUUGACUUACGAAGUGGAAAAUCGAUCUUAUAUCAAGAAAAAAGUUAUAGCUGAAAAACAACUGCAGCAAGCUAGAGAAGCAUGCGAGAAAUUGAGAAAGAAGCGUACGAGUCUGAUUGGAGCCUUCGUAUCUACUCAUGGAAAGUCCAUAGAUGAAGUUGACCGAAGUAUUGUUGAAGCUCGUACUGCGCUUAAUGAAGUUACUCAAGAGUUGCAAGAACGGGUACAAAGAUGGAAACAGAUUGAACAGCUUUGUGGUUUCAGUAUAAUGAAUAACAAUGGCAUGCAAUUUUUGGAAAACGCAUUGUAUAGGAAUGGAAGAGCUCUCGGAAGUAAAGCUCGAUUGAAUAGUACAGAUGACUUAGACGAUGAUAGUGGAUCCAUAUAUGCAGGUCAUCAAGGUUAUACAGACCCUUCAUUUGAUCAGUCUUGGAAGGAGGAAGUUUCUUCUGAAAGUGAUCCAAGUAGGCAUGAUGACGAUAGUUCUUUCAAAACCAGGUCUUCCAUCCAAAACAGUGUGAAAUUUCUGGUAGGGGAUGAAAGCAGCGGACUACCAGAAGAAAACUUAUUAAACACCAAAGUCUCCAAAAUAAGCAUGAUACCAAGAGCUGCAAGCAGUAGUAACAACUCAGUAAUAGUGAAACCUACUGUUUCCAUGAAAAAAUCUUAUUCCCACGAUGUGAAUCUCUCUCUCCUACCAACUGUACCAAAAUCUGUUGAAUUCGAGUUUGCUAGUUCAACAGAUUCUCUAGCCCCCAAACCUAGUCAGUCCAAAGAACAGAGUUUGGUAUCCCCCGAAGAUGAUAUUUGUUCUACAGAUUCUUCUUUGUUAGAGGAAGAGUUAAAAAGGAGAAAGAGAAAAUUUUUCAAUCUCAAAAAGAAAAAAUCGAGGUUUGAAUGAUCUGAUGUACUACAAUAUCUGAUUGUGAUAAAAAAUUGUUUUGGUCCCUUAUCUGUCCCUGAAAAGACAUACUUGCUUGUGAUAAAAACGUGUUAUUCAAUUGAUUGUUUAUUAAGCAACUUUCCAAGUAUUUUCAUUAUUUUAUAUUUGAUAAUCAGGCAUCAAAAAUCUUUUUUUUUAUUUGAUUAUAUUGACAAUAUAUCUUUCUAGGUCUGGAAGUUUAAAUCUGAAACUCUCUAUUACAGUAUUUUAAUUGAACGAAUGUAUUUCUCAAUAGUUGUGCCUUCAAUAAAAAAUGCUUGGAGUCCAUGUACUUUAAAGCUUAAAGUGUACUUAAUCAAUGAAAUAAUUGAUCAUUUUAUACAAUAUAUUUAUAAUAGGAAAAAAUGAGCUAUAAUUUUGAAUUAGGAUAAAUCACUCUGAAAUUAUUUUUUUCGGAAUAUCUGGAUAUAAUUUAAUCUUAUACAUUUAUUUAUUAUUUAUUUUGAUCCCAAUCUGAAAAAUCUACCUACCAUAUUUGCUACUACCCUCAAGAAAAUAAUUUGUGACGAAAUCUGUCUGCCCUUAGGUUUAGGAUCAAAUAUUUCUGACAAUUAUAUCGGAGCGUUUUUAAAUAUACAUUUGAAUUUUG